GCUCCAUCCGAUAUAAUUUACAGUACUGUAAUGUCCUUUGCAGGCGCUUAUAUUGUUUAAGAAUAAAUUCACAACAUUGCGUAGUAGCUAAAACGCCGUCUUGCGCUUCUAAGCCAUGUGCACACUAAUGCUUAAAUUAUAACCAGGUCUUUAAAAUGGCGCUGGUUUAAAAGUCAAGUGGCUAGCAUUGUAUGCUAACUAGCUAACUACAGCUAGCACAACGCAAUCCAUGUCAAUCAGUCGAAACUGACUUGAGUGUGCCACUCUAGCUAUGGGCUUGGGAUUUGUCUCUGAGAAGUAACUAGAGAAAAGAAUCAUAUAAUCCGUUUUGGAAUGCACGUUAAAUGUCAUUGGCGGUAUUUAUUAAAUGGCAUACUAACCUUGUUUGUAAUUCUCAGUGGAUACAAUUAUUUGUGUGUCCUUGGUUGGUGGGAUUCAGUUGUAAUUCCCUCGUGUUCAGAGUACACUCUGAGGACACAAGUAAUAAAAGAGGACUACGACUGCAUAGUAUAUCUUGAAAUCCUCUCGAGCUAUUUUUAUGUUAACCAGUUCCAUCAUUCUUCUUUGGAAACAUGCAGGUCUUUUACCACAUUAAGCAGAAUGUAUGAGCAACCACAGACUAAAGCUUCAAACUUGCUGGCCUUUCAUUCAGAAACCCACAAGGAUACAAUCCUGCAUAAGUUUGACCAUCUGAGGAAGAGAGAAAUACUUUGUGACAUAACUCUUGUUGUGGAUGAUGUUUAUUUCAAGGCUCAUAAGGCUCUACUUGCUGCAAGUAGCGAAUAUUUCUCAUUAAUGUUUACUACAGAAGACCAUGUAAGCCAGUCCAUCUACAAGUUGGAUGGCAUGGCUGCAAAGACCUUUGCUUCUGUACUUGAGUUCAUCUAUAGUGCGAAAGUGUCUGUGGAGGAGAGCAGCACCGAGCAGCUGCUGGAUGUGGCCCGCCUUCUAGAGAUCAGCGACUUGGUCAAAGCCUAUGGAGACCUUAAUCGGAGCAACUCAGGUGCCACACUGGGUGUUUGCUUGGAGGGAGAUGGUGAAGAAAGAGCAAAUGGGACCCCUCCAAAGCGCAAAAGAGGACGUCCGAGAAAGAACACAAACAUACCAUUCAAGCCGCUUCAGGACUUGGGCCACAAAGAUGAGAGCCUUCCAGCCAAGUCACAGACUGAGAGCACAAAACAAACAACCAUGCAUUUGUCUCCAGGAAUACCUGAGAGCACAGAAGCUCUUGGUGCGGUGACCCCUCUCCCCAGGGACUUGGACAGUACAGACUAUGACCCGAGACAGGACAGGCCUCGCCACAGCAAACGCAAAAUAAGGCAGCCAGUGAAACUGAAAGGCUACAGAUUGGAUGAUGAGUUUAGAGAAGGAGGAGAGACUGUAAAGAGGGGUAGGAAGCGGAAAUACCCAGCUACAGAGCCACGUUGUGAUGACUGCGGCAAAGUGUUCAAGAAUCAUUUGUUUUUAAAAAUACAUAAACGAACUCAUACAGGUGAAAAACCCUUUCGGUGCCAUGUUUGUGGAAACUGCUUCACACAAAAACACACACUUUUGGUUCAUCAACGCAUGCACACUGGAGAAAAGCCAUUUGUCUGUACCAUUUGCUCCAAAGCUCUCUCCACAAAGAACUCCCUGCAAGAACAUAUGAACCUGCAUGCAGAAAAGAAAUCUUUUAGCUGUGAUCAAUGUGGGAAAACUUACAGCCAGAAGAGGCAGUUAAAGAGCCAUUACCGUGUUCACACAGGGAAAGUCUUACCCGAAUGUGCACACUGUCAUCACAGAUUUAUGGAUGCAGCACAGCUGAAAAAGCAUCUGAGAACACACACAGGUGAGAAGCCCUUCACGUGUGAGAUUUGUGGGAAGUGUUUCACAGCCAAGAGCACACUGCAGACACACAUCCGCAUCCACAGAGGCGAGAAGCCUUAUGUGUGCAACAUAUGCAGCAAGUCCUUCUCCGAUCCCAGUGCCAGACGACGUCAUGUGGCAUCUCACUCAGGGAAGAAGCCCUUUACCUGCAGCGUGUGUGGCUUAUCCUUUGCACGUCCAGAUAAUCUGAGAGCACAUGCCAAAACUCACAACAAGGAGAGGGCAGGCUUAGAGACCACAGCAGAAAAGGGGAUGGGGCCUGAGGAGGUGCGCGGUAUCCUUCAGCUGCAACAGUACCAUCUCUCCAGCCACGCAGAGCAGGAGAUCCAGCUGGUGGUCACCAGUGAGGUGGAUGAUGUAAACCUGGUGCCAGGCCAGAAGCCAGGUCUUAGCCUCAUCACUACUGAGGGCACCUCUUCUGAGAGCGAGGGCCAUUCUGGCCUCACCCUGCUUGCCCAGCCCACCGGACAUAUCCAGAACCUGGCACUGGUUGCUCAGGAUGGCCUAGACCCUGGUGCUCACAUCCAGACCAUCAGCAUGGUGGACAGCCAGGUAAGCAGCGGGCAGUCCGAGCAGAUGCAUGUCAUCACGUUGACCAAAGAGGCCAUGGAGCACCUGCAAGUUCACCAUGGAGCUCCAGAGCAGCUACAAAUAAGUCCGCCACCCCUCCAGCACCUGCAGGUGAUCCAGCAAGCCAUCCCACAGCUCUCUGUCCCAACGGAACCUCCUGCUACCCAAAUGAGGCCUGCCAGAGAGCAGCAUGGCCAGAGCCACACAGGAGCCAUUCACAUCAACAGCCAAGCCAGCCAGGCCAUCUCCAUCAGCCAAACCAGUGAGCAGAUUCAUAGCAGUCAGAUCCAGGGACAGACGUUUCAGAUCCAGGCAGGCACAGUCUCUUACCUCUACACCACAAGCCUGGCCCCACAGAACUAAGAAUUGAUGAGAGUACUAAACAUACUGAAUCUUUUCUAGGCUGCUGUUGGUUAUGCUUAUUGCAACAGUAUGAAGCCAUAUUUUGUUUCUUUUUUUAAAACAAUCUUGUCCAAAAAUGGAUAAAUAAUGACAUUAAUUAUCAAAUUGGUGAUCAAAUCGUGUAAAGGUGUGCCUGUGUAAUCAUGUCACAGUGCUUACUAAACAGAAGGGCUGUAUGUAUGAGGUACAUUUUCAUCCAAAUUACUAACACAUCGGUGUGGAAAUCUAGUCUUCAGAAAUAAAGCAAUAAACAACAAUGCAAUGUC